UUAGGGCAGCAGUGGAUAAUUCAGUUCGUCUGGUCUGUUUCAUCCCAGCAGAAUGCAGCUGUCAGUACUGCCAUUUUUGCUGCUUCUGGUUCUGGCUGGCAGGAAAGCAGCAAGUCUCUCCAAGUCAGUAGUGACCCUGUACCCACCAUGGUUCAGCGUGCUCAAGAAUGACCCUGUAACUCUGAGGUGUGAAGGGUCUGGCAUCCCUGAAAACAGCUCCACCCUUUGGCUCCACAAUGACACAAUUAUUCCAGUCCAGAUCCAAGACUACAACAUCAUAGCCAACAAUGUCACGUACAGCGGGAAGUACCAGUGCCAGAGAGGCCAGUCUGCUCUCAGUGAUCCUGUGAAGCUAGAAGUCUUCCCAGACUGGCUGGUACUCCAAACCUUGAAAUUGGUUUAUAUGAAAGGGGAGCCCAUGGUGCUGAGGUGCCACAGCUGGGAAAACAAACACAUGUCUAAAGUCACAUUCUAUCAAAAUGGCAAAGGAAGGAUGUUUCUUCAACGUGAUUCCAACUUUUCCAUCAGCCGAGUGAACAAUGAUGACAGUGGAGAUUACUCCUGUGCAGCCAAAAUAGGAAAUAGGCAGGAGAUGUCAAGAGUGGUGAGAAUCAUUGUCCAAGAUCCAAGUCUGCCUUCUUCACCUUCUAAAAUCUGGUACUACAUCCUUUUCUACCUUGUGAUGGGAAUUUUGUUUGCAGUGGACACUGGUCUAUACUUCACAGUUAAGAGAGAGGUCAAUGGCUCAAAGAAGGACACAAGAUACCUUCUAACCAGAUGGCAUAAGGAACCUGAGGAUGACUGAGUCUUCAGCCUGUGGAAUGACCGGGGUCUUGGCAUAGCAGUGACCCAUUCAUCUCUGUCUACUUCCUCCUCUCUGUCGAGCUUGGGAUGAGGACUCUUCCUUACCCCUGACCUCUAGUAUCACUUUGUCUUUAGUGGAUAGAGGAGUCUGUGAGCUCCAGCAAAGUAGUCAGCGUCAGCUAGCACCCUUCUCAUGGCUGAGUUCCUAGGAGCUCAGGGCUCCACCAUUACUGACUCUCCCCUACACACAGAAGGACACUAUAAAUGUAUGAAAUAAUUUUAUUCACAUUUUAUUAAAUAUUAUUAUUUUAGCAAAUAAGCAAAUAAAUUUCUAAUAUAGUAAUAAUUGAACACUUUGGUGGCAUACGUCUGUUACAUGGGUGAUUUGAAGGUAGUUCUACAUAUCUGUCUUGGAGGUUUGUGGAUACUGGGGGUUUGAAAAGAGAUGAAAGAUAAUAAAAGAAUUGUGAAAGGAAAGGCAGAACAGUUGAAUAAGAGACUGGGCCAAGGGGUCCUGCAGGUUUUCUAAGAACCAGAGAAGAGGCCACCUCAUUCAUCUGAAAAAAGAGUAUGCAGAUAUCCCCUCCCCCACUGUGGAGAGGAGGGGGACUACAAGGACAGAAUGUUGUAUACGUGGCAGAUAAGAUUUCCUUAGAAAAUGUUUUUAUUUGAUUGCUUUUCUUCCUCACAAGGGAGGAAAAUGACUACCGUGUUAAGACAAAAUACAUCAAUAAUAGAAAAUA